GGCGGACUCUGGUCUGCUCCCGCUCUGGUGUCUGUUGUCCACCACUGAUACUGACCAUAACCCUUUACCCUAAGUCGCUGAACAGAGAUUUGAUCUGUGGUGUGUUAGUUGAAGCUAAGCUACUGUUUUCAUGGAAACGAAGUGCGUUAGCGUCUGCCUGUUCGUUCUACCACUCGCUAUUGUUUUUGCGACGCUGUUGCUGCCGCCAGCACUAGGGCAAGACGUGUCGCCCGGCGAUGGCUCCGAUAGCCUUCCUUUCUGCGAGAGAUUCCUCGAGACUUCGUCCUCCAAGUGCCCGAAUGUCGAGACGGUGCCGAAGCUCGACAUGGGAAAGUUCCAAGGCAAGUGGUACGAGAUCGGCGCGACGGCGCUGAGCAAGUUCCAAACCAAGAGCGAGCUGGGCAUCUCGUCCAUCACCUACACCUACAAGGCCGCCACCAAGGGCAAGUCACGCGGCGCGCUCAGCAUCGUGCGCCAGGGCGUGGUGGCGGUGAUGCCGAUGCGCCGCAGCCAGGUCGCCGCGAUCUCCGCCGCCACGUCCGUGCUGGCGCAGCAGCUGCGCGCGGUGUGCGGGACGGUAUCGUCGGUGCGCACGAAGCAGCAGCUGAGCACGGCGUACCUCACGCUCGGAUCCGAGGAGCUCCCGAGCGACGUCAAGCAGUCCGUGUCCUACGGCCUCGGCAGCAUCGAAGGCGCCGUCGGGGACGUGUCGCGCCGCGCCGAGACGCUGUGGGGGGAGCUAGAGGGCGUGCAGCGCGCCAAUGCGCAGCUCAACCAGCGCGACUCCGGCGCGCUGGUGGCGCGCGUGAAGGGCGCGUUGCGGAGCGCGUCAAGCGCGAUUCAGGGGGCGGCGAGGGGGAUCGACGGCAAGCGGAACGAGAUGUAUUCUAUCGCUGCCAUGAACCGCGUGAUAGUAGGGGGCGUGACUGCAGCGCAAGGCAGCGCCAAGGGGAAGGAAACAAUAUCCCUGGCCAUGGCGAACGUGAUGACGGAGUGCCAGAACGGCAGCGCCUUCUCCCAGCGCGUGGCGGCGCUCACCUCCGCCACGCGCUCCCUGCAGCCGCUCGUGUCGAGCCUCUUCAGCAGCCCCAGCCCCGCGCGCUACACCACGCGCACCUCCGCCACCGCCACGCUCAAACUCACCUCCCAGGCUGGGAAGAUGAUUCAGCAGUACCAGGGCGUGCAGACAGACCACUGGGUGAUUGGCCUGUGGGGCUCUUCUAGCAAGGGGUACUCACGCGCACUUGUGUACUCCUGCUACCAAUCCACAGCAGGCUUGUCUUCGGAUCAAGAUGGUCAGGUGACUGUCCGCCUCCUGUCUAGGACACCUAAGCUUCCAGAGGCGUCCAUAAAUGAAGCAUUACAAGUUCUCAAAGAUAAAAAGAUUGAUCUCAGUGGAGCCAACCCCCUUGUCCUCACUGACCAAUAAGCCCUAUCUGAACUCUCAUUUUCGUUGGUGUUCGUAUAGUUGCUCCAACAGUGGGCACCAACAAAAGAUCUUCGAUGUCAUGAAUCCCAUACCUAAUUAAAGUUGUGUAAUGUU